UGUUUUCUCCUUUCGUGUCGCGGUGAUAAAAAUGCCGAGAUUCGACGGUCGCAUUUGCUUGUUCACGUGAUUGUGCGGGCUUGUGGUGAUGUGCGGCGACUUGUGGUGCUAGCGAACGGCUGGUUCGUCGUCGCAACGUUUGUUGUUGGGUCCCGCGCCCCCCCUGCCGUAGUCGAGUGGGAGCGAUAUUACAUUGGGGCAGGCCUUGAAACUGCGCUCUGAAUAGAGAGGAGCACCGCCAUGCCGCUGCUGUACUGUGUGGUGGCGCGAGGCAGCACGGUGCUGUCUCGGUACGCCAGCUGCGCCGGCAAUUUCUCCGAGGUCACCGAACAGAUCCUGAGCAAGAUCUCGCCAGAUGUUCCCAAGCUUACCUACUCCCAUGGAAGCUACUUGUUUCACUACAUCCUUGAAGAUGGCAUUACCUAUCUCUGCAUUACUGACGAUGAAUUCGAAAGGGUCACAGCAUUCCAGUUCUUGGUGGACAUUCAGGGCAGGUUCCAAGCCACUUACGGUCGUCAAGCUCAUUCAGCGCUUGCCUAUGCAAUGAACAGCGAAUUUUCGCGGGUACUGGCAAAUCAAAUGAAACACUACUCUGGCAUUGGAAAGGAUGGCGACAACAUAACCAAAGUUCAAGAGGAAAUCGACGAACUCAAGGGCAUCAUGGUGAAGAACAUUGAUACAGUAACGUCGAGAGGAGAAAGGCUGGAACUGCUGGUCAACAAGACUGAAGCCUUAUCAAGCACGUCGGUGACGUUCCGCAAGAGCAGUCGCAACCUCGCCCGGUCCAUGAUGAUCAAGAACAUCAAGAUAGCCAUUAUUAUUGCGGUCAUAGUUUUGGUGGUUAUCUACAUCAUCGUCUCGUCUGCAUGCGGUGGUCUAAGCUGGCCAAGCUGCGUCUGAGGGUCGUCGCCCUUGCCGCUACCGCCACCUGUGGCCUCGCCCUGCGCAUGCUCAUGUUUAGCAUUGUUCACCCUGCACGCGUACACCUCCAGACACGUUUUCGUCUAUAGUUGGUUACAAAUGUUGGGUGUAUGUAGUAUUAGGCUAACCUCGUCGCCCGCCAUCGCUACGUCGAAUGGUGAGGGUUGUUUUCAACGUCCCAGCUUCUGGCAAGCUGUGAGGAGAGAUUGUACAGCGCGUUUUGUUUUUGUUUUCCUUCCUGCAAUUAUUUUGUACGAUAUUUCCCCACAUGUUUAAUUUCUUAUAUAUAUAUAUACAAUAUGGGUCUACGUGAAUACACGCGAUGUAACUGAAGAUGCACAGCAGUAUACCUUAGAAAAAUGGAAUUUACGUGCAGCUCAGUCUGUUGUUGGGCCCGCGUCUCAAUUGCGCACUUCUUUUCUUCGACUGCACGGAAAAAAACGAUUAUGUAAUUUUAAUGACUUGUGUAACUGUGCUGUGUACUCAACGUAAUUUGGUGCAAUCUUUUCUGAGCUCGUGACUGUAGAGUGCAAUUCAGUGCAACCUUAGUCCCAUUUCUUUUUUUUACGUUUAUACUAGGUGCUCACUUUGGACGCCGAUUGCUGGAAGAAGCGUAUCUAUCUGCCCGCAUAAACCGAGUGCUUGAUUGAAGCGCCAGAAAUGAAAUGUUUCCGCAUUGCGUGCAUUGUUGUAUAUAGCGAAACGGGAACAGUGAGCUUUUUCUGUACUGUGUACUCGCAAUACUUGAAGGGAGUAAUAAAUACUAGCACUUUAUCAAAGUUACAAAA